AGACGGCGCGAGAGAGCCGCGACAUUUUACAUGGUUAUUGACUGACUGGUGCUGUUCUGUUGUAAAUAUUGUUUUUUUCGGUGUGUCGAAAACUGUGUGUGAUUUUAAGUGUAUGGUGCGUGUGUGUGACUGUGUACGAUGUUCAGAAAACCCGCAGGUUGAUGGAAACCUACGUGAACACCGUGAAAAAUCCGCCAUAGGUACAAUAGCCUGUGGUAAAUGUAUAAGCAAUGUCGGCGGAGGGCCACCCUACAGGCGGCUGUAAUGUCUAAGCCAUGGAUGUCGAAGUGAAACAGAGAAAUAGGCGGAGAAAACGCGCCCAGCGUAUGCAGGCACAACGAGAGAUCAACAAAGCUGACCAUCUCGAUGGAGACAGCGGUGACGAAGAUGUCAUUCAGGCGAAGCCCCCGAGACCCCCUAAUAGACGAAAAAAAUCCAAAGAACCCCUCUGCGAAGAGGACAUUAUCGACGGGUUCUCCAUACUCCAAUUCAGAACAUAUGAUGACUUAGAGUUGGUGUUGAAGAUCUCCGUAAAAGAAAAUAUUAAACGACUGACCGAUGUGGAAAGGCCUAAGAUCGAACCAAAGGCCCACAUUACUAAUCAUAUUUUAGUUCAACACAACCAUGGGUUGACGUUAACACAUGACCCCGCUACUAGCGACGACAGUGGCAGGGCUUCUGAACGUCUUACUGGAUCUUCGGUAGCACCACGAGAUGCGGAUAGCUCAAGAGACCGACUAAGUGAUGCGAGCAGUAGAUGUAGUUCAGGAAAAGGAUAUAUCUGUGAUAGCGAGGGCGAAGAUGAUAAGGGUUCUGACGCCAGUUCGGUGAUAUUUGCGUCGACACCUGCGUCGAGGAAACACGAAUUUCCGGGCGCUCUGCCACCCAGUUUGCCCAGUCUGAACCAUGGCACAAGCAGUUCACCGGUACCGGCGCCGACACCUCCAAAUAUUCCGGUACCGUCGCCAGCCCCCGCCCAACAACCGCCUCAACAUCCACCGCAAGCUAUUCCAUCGGCGUCGGUUUCGUCGGCGGCCAGCGUCGUAACGCCUUCUCCAACGCCUGCGGCCGCCAUAAAACCGACUAUACAAGAACUUUUACCGCCACCACCAGUCACGUCUAUAGCCAGUGUCGUACCUCAACCGCUUCCGGUAACGAUGCCGAGCGUCCCGACGGCUGUAACUAUGCCUCAACCGGCUGCCGCGCCCGUAGCUCAUCAUCCUCCCGCACUCGAUCCGUCGAGUAUAAUUCCGGGUGGACUCGGCAUGAGAACGGAAAGUCCUGCCGUCGCUACAUCGGCCAAUGCCGCCGUAGCGCCGUCCCCAAGUCAGUACCAUCAUCCCGCCUCCUAUCAGCAUCAGCCAACUCCGUUGUAUACACCUUACGCAACGACAGCAACGUCAGCACCACCACCGCAUACCGCUUCUCCGUAUAUGUCGACCCCUACGCCUAUGACGGCAACAGCAGUGGCGCCGACUAUAAUGAGCGCGGCGACUGUUCCUUCGGGACCUCCACAGGUGAUAAUGCCUCAAGUUGCUGUAGUGCCACCUCAAGUAGCGGUGACCAAACCAACCGUGCCGCAGCAACACAUAGAGAGGGAGAAAAUGUUGCCGCCGAUGCAGCAAAGGGGGCCUAGUCCCAUCAAAGAGAAUAGGGAGAGGGAAAGCUACAGUAAUGUCAGUAGCCUUAGUCGUACCAGUAACGCAACGACGACACUCAGCUGUCCCCCUCCCACCACCACAGUGUCUUCUAGUCUAGCACCAAGUAAUUUGAGCAAACCAUGGACGUCCAAUACGCAAUCAAUCGCUCCAACGGCGGUAACUGCGGCAGUACCCCCAACACAACACAGUCCUGCCCCUCCAAGACCAACACCUCCUCUUCACUCAUCAUUCCCGACAACUCCCAUGUUCGCAGCACCUUUACCGCCUCCCGUUUCGAGGGCUAGCCCCAUGGCAGUGCCGUCAGCAAAUCCCAAUCCAUUUUCGGCCGAAAGUUUGUUCCAGACCAAUAAAUAUCCUACAAAUCAAGCUGACAUGUUGAGGAGGGAGCUAGAUAGUAGAUUUUUGGCGUCACAAGAUCGAAGUUUAGGAGUAGCACCACCGCCAUAUUUGAGAACGGAAAUGCAUCAACAUCAACAUCAUCACACGCAUGUGCAUCAACAUACGACAUCGUUAUUACCGCCCCCGGCCGCUUCCAGUUUAUACCCGUCUCAAUUGUCUUUAACACCGGUGGAGCCCCUUGCAAGACGACGAGAAAGUAGUUUUAAGGACAUUCCUAAGCUUGGUAGUGUUGAUUCGCCGUUCUACAGACAAAAUAUCGGCUUACCUGGAACUUAUCCGGGAUACACUCCAAGUUUGAUGCAUCCGGGAAUAACUACAGGACCAACGCCUUUUGUACCACCAAAUCAUCUGCCUACGUUCCAACCAAAGUCGAUGACCCCUCAAGAUCCAUCCAAGCCUAAAAUUGUGAAAACUGGUAAAUGGAACGCAAUGCACGUCCGAGUGGCAUGGGAAAUCUAUCACCAUCAACAAAAAAGCGGCGAAGCAAAAGGCAGUCUGGCAUCAGCUACAGCCGCUGCGAAAUCAUCUGCUGAUCUUCUUCGGCCGCCGACGCACCUUUUCUCUCCUAGUGUGCAUUCUAGACCGCCUCACGAUCUACCAUCGUUCCCAAUGUCGUUAUCAAGCCAUCGACCACCUGGAUUCGAUCAAACUCACCAUCCAAGUUCGUUGUUUUCAUCACCAGCAGGUCAUAUGGGUAAAUCACCAUUCACCGGUAGUUCAACUAUGUCGCCAUUUACGCGUUAUGGUGCUGGUCCUUUAGGUCCGGCUUCUACAUCUCCAUUUACAAUGUCGCCUUUCGCAAGAGAAAGUCAUUUAGGACUAGGACCACUUCACCAUGAUCCUUGGCGUUCAUUGCAACGUACGAUUCCGAAUUUCCCACCGGCCGUAAAUCCUCUACCGCCGACAUUGCCGGGUUUAGGACCAGGACCGCCCGCACCUUGGACUAUCAAACCAGAUCCGAUUCUAGAACAGAGAGAACGAGAAGCUAGAGAAAGAGAAGAAAGGGAGAGGGAAAGACUAAGAAGAGAACGAGAAGAACGAGAAAGAAGAGAACGUGAAGAAAAACAGAGAAGAUUAGAACAACAGCAACAAGAACAACGCGAAAGAGAACGAAAAGAAAGAGAAAAACGAGAAAUGGAAAGAAGAGAAUUGGAAAGGCAAAGGGAAAGAGAAAGGGAAAGACUUUUGCAAGAACAACGGUUGGCGGAAACAGCUAAGAUGCAAGCACCGUUAAUAAGAGACCGAUCACCUUUGAGAAACGGCGACUUAUCAGAAAUUAGAGUAAAAGAAGAACCCAGAAUAAAAGAAGAGGAUAUAAUGGCUAGAUCUGACCCUAGAAAUAACAAUUACAGGUACAACCCGUUCUUAAGGCAUCCGGGUUCUUUACCACCUCCACCUCCAGGACCUCCAGCUUCGGUGUUGGAUCGUUCUAGAAUGCUUUCACACGCUUUACCUCCUCACCCAUAUCACACCCCUACGACACAUUGGGGUGUACCGCCCGCAGAUCCCUUUUACAGAUAUACUUACAAUCCAAUCAUGGAUGCCAUGAGAGCGCAAGAAGAAAGGGAAAGAGCGAGUUUCUUCGGGGCAUACGGUGCUCCUCAUCAUCCUAGCCAGUUAAGACCCAAGGAUCCCGCGCUGAUGCACUUAAGAACAGUACCGGGUCCUGGUCCUCCACCUCCUCCGACCAGUCACAAGAUCAGCAUAACUCCACCUACGGAUCUACACAAGAAAGAGGAACCUCGAUAGCAUCGACAAAAUAUUGUAAAGGCUGAUGAUGAAGGACUCUUAAAAUACGAAACGUUGUAAAAGAUAUCGAAGCACCAAAAUUAAAGAAGAUGGCACUUGAUACUAAGAUCAAAAUUAAUUUGUUGGCGAGAUAUUAUUUUAUAAAAAUUUAUUUAUAUCACUAUAGGCAGGAAAAAAUAAUAGUAAGAUCAAAAUUAAAUUAAAACAAUUUCAGUUUGUGACAGUUUUUGACAUAUUUGAGAUAUUGUAAUAUUUAUAAUUUUGUCAAAUGCUUUUUCUAUAUUUAUAAAUGUGCAAGCUGAAUUAAACAAUAUAUUUGUGGGGCGAAAGAAAAAAUAAUUUUCUAAAAUAGUGUUCCGUUGUGCCAUCUUCUAAAGACUUUUCAAUUUUUUUAUAUAUAUAUAUAUGGUGGAUCAAAAAAAAAUAUUGUUUUCAAAUAUUAUAAUUGUGAUUAAAAUCGCGAGUGUUUCAAGUGGAAGAUGCUAAAGUUUGAAGGAAAGUGUACAUUAUAUUUUAGGGACCAAAAUUUAUUUAUAUUGUUGAAAAAUUGUAAAAUCGGUGAUUUUAGUUGUCGAGAAAAAACAAUAAGGUAGAGAGUCAAAGCAUCUUUUUUGUUUUCGCCCCUAUAUGAAUAAUGCAAUAGAUCAAACAAUUGUACAUUUCGACUACUAAAACUUUAGCAUCUCGAACGAAACAUUUUAAACAUGAAUAAUUAAACAAUAUAUCAGCUUUUAAAAACAAUUUUACCUGAAGGUGUAACCUCCAGAAGAUUUUCAAAAAUUUAAAUAUUAGCGACCACAUUUUUUAGGAACUUUUAAUUUUAACUUUAUGAUCUCAUAUAGCAUAAUCAAAAGGGACUAGCAAUAGAUCCCAGAACAUAUUUUUGCAAUGGUUUUAUAUGUGUGUGUAGAUUAAUGCAUAUAUACAUAUACAAUUGAGUUGUAUACAGGAUGUCUACGUUAUAUAAUUUUAUAUAUAUAUAUAUAUAUAUAUAUAUAUAUAUAUAUAUAUAUAAGGGAUUAUACUUUUUGUAGACUGCAUCUGGAACAUUAAACGUUCUUUAAGGAGAUGAAAUCUCGAAUUAUAAAAGCAGAAACAGUAAUUCAACCUUUGAGAACCAGGGCCUUCUCAACAAUCGACUGCCAAUUUUUUCUGUCCUGAGCAAGGUGCCUCCAACGUCGAACCUCUAACUGAAUCAGAACCGCCAACCAGCAAAAGGCGAGGUUUUCCACUUAGUCACCAUCCUCUCAAGAACUAUACAAGGCUCUGCGCAGAUAUCCUCUCCACGUGUCCCAGCCACCUCAGACACGCCCCAGGAUGAACCCUAUCUGUCUCCGCUCAGUAUUCCUUUAGAUCCUCCACACACCUUUCUCGCAAACAAGGUUAAAAAUCUAAAAUCUAAACUUGAACGCUCUCUGAAUUGUACAGAAUAUCCGUUGUCACGUCAUUAUGUUCAGUUAUCAAGGCCCCAAGAUAUUUGAAUUGGUGGCACACAGGGACUUAACGUGGUUUGGGAGAUCGGGAUUCUCCUUAAGGUUCUCAUGUACAUGGUUUUCUGUACAUUGAUUUUGAGUCCUCUUACUUCACCUGAUUGCUCGAACUCCAAGUAGUUCGUGCCAUGAUCAUCCACAUAAGCGAAGUGCUGUGUAAGCCUAUUGCAAAUAAUUCCUCUCUGGUUCGUUUGGAUACUCAUUGUGAUACCUUUCAAUGAGAAAUUGAAUACUGUUGUCGCUAGUGAGUCUCCCCGACGCGUGUAAAAACUGUGCUUAGAGACUACGAUACCUUCACUCUGCCAGAGGCGUUCCUCAUUGUCAUUCCAACCAUAAACACCAACUUAUUUGGGACGCCAAACCCCACUUCCUUUCUGUUCAACCCAAUAGGGCUUGUUCAAAUAUAUUAAUUGAGUAUUGUCAGAAUAUGAUACACACCCUUUCAAAAAUAAACGAUUCACUUGAAGUUAUCAACAUUUGUGAAAAUAAUUUAAGUAUAUUUUAGAUUCUUUUUUGUUCAAUCAAGACAUACCUGUAUACACCAAUUUUUCAUUAUCCCAACAAUGUAGUUAUGACCUUAAAUGUCGAAAUGUCGAAGGUACCACUGUUGCUUCCUGAAAUGUAAACAUUGAUUUCAAUAUUUAAACUAAGAAUUCGGGUAUUGACCACCUUUUUCAAUAUCGAAUAAUCUAGUUCUACUUUUUGUAUUGUAUAUUAAAAUAUCAUUUUACAUAUCAGUUCAGUAUCAGUUAAACUGUGAAAAAUACUGAAUGGAAACCAAACUGAGACGGAGAACUGACGGGAUAAGUACACAUGCAGUGCGUGUUUUUGAAUGUGGCUUGUUGGUGCACAUCCAGAUCACUUUUUUAAGCAAUUGACUUAUUUGGAACCCAAUCAGAACUUGUACUUAUUAUUUGACUUGUUGGUGUAUAUUUAGGUCACGUUCACAAGCAAUUGACUUAUUUGGAACACAUACAGAACGUGUUUUCUAAUAUUUGACUUGUUGGUGCACAUCCAGAUCACUUGUUUAAGCAUUUGACUUAUUUGGAACACAUCCCGAACUUGUUCUUAUUGUUUGACUUGUUGAUAUGCAUCCAGAGUACGUUCUAAGGCAAUUGACCUAGUUCAGUUCUAAAAAUUCCUGUCGCGUCAGGAACGCAAAUGUCGAAUUACUAAGCUUUAGUUCAUCGUCUUCUUUUUUUAUCGGUUUCUUCAGCUUUAAAGCUCAAGCUACUGUAAUGAGCCAGUCUUGAUAUUAUGUAAUGUUGCGAGAUUAUUAUAUAAGUGGUAUGUGCAAUACUAAUAACUAUUUGAUUAGUACAUGGGGCACAAACCAAACACUGCACACAAAUUGACAACAGCAUUGAAUUGAACCUAAACGGGGAUAUCUUUUAAAAGCAUUAGUUCGACUGAGACUGAAUUGAGAACUAUUAUGACCAUGUAAAAGGACCUAAAAGUAUAUUUAUUGUUUCAAUCCAUUCUAUAAAGGAUGUCCCAAAAUUAAACAAAUUGAAGAGAUAUUUUUUAGUCUUUAGAUUAUUAUUUUUUAUUGCAUAUUUCUGAAAUAAUAUUUUGCUGGUAUUCUACCAACAUUUUCCCUAAUAAUACUGUUUAUUCAAGUUGUGGCUAAAUUUCGCUGAUACAGUGUUAAUUUUCGCCCUGUAAUUCAAGGGUGGUAGUGGGUUAGAUGACAUUAAGUUCAAAUAAUCCUUUGAAAAUGAUUCAUUUGGGGAAAUAUUUCUGAACUGAAUAUUAACAAAACAAAAUAGUACUCUACCAAACAAUUUUUCAUGUAGUAAUUGAAUCGUUUCAAGGGCUGCACGGCAUGUAUCACCUUCUUGUCGAAACCAAAUCGUUCAAUUUUGACAUAAAACCCUGUAUUAUCGUGUAGUGUAGUACCAGUUAGAGCUUAUCCAAACAAAUUUUCAAAAAUUUAUUGUCUAAUAGUGCCUUUAGCCCAUAUUGCACCCAAUGCUGCUAAGAAUUUGUAGUAAAAUGGCGAACACAAAUUUUGGUUUAAUUUUGGGACUCCCGUUGUAUAAGUUUUUUGCCAUUUACGUCGUUACUAUUUUCAUUGAAUUAAAUAUAAAAUGCUAUAAUUUUUUUUGCUGUAUUAAUUUAUUUGUUUACAUUUCAUAAAAGCCGUUAGAACUUUAACCUGUGAUUCCCUUUAACAGAUUUUAAAUUUGAUAUCGUAAAAAAAAAGAAAACCUGAGGUGCAUUAAAUGUAAAAAUUGUAAUUUAUGUAAAUGUCGUGAUUCUCUUGAAAUAGUUGCACACCAUUUUUGUACAUAAUAAUAAGGAAAAUUUGAUAUUGCAUUAUAAUAUGAUAGUUAAGCUUUAAUUAGCGUUGUAAAACUUACAGAGCGAGCCAAUGAAGAGGCUAAUUGAUUGAAUAAGUUCUUGUGUUCUUAUUAAAAUAGGAAAAAAUUAAUAAUCCAAUAAUUAAGUCCUGGAAAAACCUUUAGUUUGGUUAUAAGAAAUCAGAUUCACUUUCCGUUGACUAUGUUCACUUAGUAUUCAAUUAUGUCUACUAAUACAGGAUCGAAACAUCAAAAUUAUAGAAGGCUAGAUUAAAAAUAAAAGGGUAGUAUGUUAUUUUUGUUCCUUUAAAAUUUUUCCUAAUAAGAAAUAUCCUCUAUUUAAUUUUUUUAUUGAAAUACUAUUUUACAAAUUAAUUUGAUUAAAACUCAUUAUGAUGAUCAUUUUGAAGUACCAAAAAUCACUUGAUACUGUUUCUGUUCAUUUCGUAUCCAUUUUGUCAUUGAAUAGUGUUCUUAUCUCUUAUUAAAGCAUUUCAGUGCUCUUUCUAUAGCUAUUUUGUAAGUGAGCCAAUUAAUAUUAAUGGAUUAAACUUUCAUUUUAUUUAUAAAAAAAUUGAGAAUGGUUUAAAUAUUGUUGUAACCGAGAUAUGGGGGUUCAAAGUUUGAAAAUAUGAAUUCUAUCAUUGUUAUCCUUUAAAAAUUAAUAUAAAUCCAAAUAAUGGAAAUAUUGAGUCAAACUUUUUAAAAGAACCUUCUUAAAGGAUCAUUUUAUUCAUAAUAUCCUUUAAGGCUUUAUUGGCUCGUCCAGUACAUUGAAUCGAUGGUGGUGAUGCAGUGGUGGUAAAAGAAAAAUAUUUGAUUGUAUUAGACUUGUCGUUUUGUUCAUGUAGGAGAAGUAUUCAGAACUGCCUAAAGAGUUAUUGUAAAUAAUAUACAAAAAAAGCUUAUGGACAUUUGAAGAUUAUUAAUUGUAAAAUUGAAAGUUCAUGUUAUAUGCCGUUUUUUAUUUAGCAUUUUUUUUGUUUCUUUUUAUCCUAAUUUAUUUUGUAUAUAUGUUUUUUAGGUAAUUUAUUUAAGACUGAUGACUAAUCAUCUUCAUUCUUCUAUAGUUGUGUUUUUUUUAUUUAUAUAUGUGGUAUACAUAUGAGUAGUGAAGAAAAAUCAAAAUGUUGAACAAAAAAAUGUUUUCAACUUAACUAGAAUAAAUAUAUAUUUUGUCGUUUACCUCAGUCCUAAUAUUACAUCCUAUUUCUCCAAACAUAUUAUUAAAAUUUGUUUUCAUUAUUUUUUGCAAAACUUGUAUACUUUCCAAAAUUAUGUUCUUAUUGAAUUUUGAUUUAUCUUCAUUACUCUAUCAUAUGUUUGAAUAUUGGUCACUUUAAACGUUUGCAUUUUCAAAUUACUCGGUACUUGCAAAAAAAAUUAUAUUCUUAUAAGUGAUGAGCCAUUGUACUCACCAAAUUUGUUUUCGAAAUUGGAAUCUAUUUUUAAAACAACUAAUAUUAGGUUGUUAUCCUUGAAAGUGACCAACUUUUAUCCAAUAGUCGACUUUUAAUUAAUUAAUUUGUUAUUCAGUUUACUUUGUAAUGUAUGCACCACAGUACAAACGUUUUUAUAAUAAUUUUAUUGAAAUUAAUUUCAAAAUAUAUGUUCUGUGGUUCAUACGAGGGUUGUGGAUUUCUCUUCCCAGUUGUGACAUCGUAAGCUUAUAAUUAAAUAAGUCUUUAACGGUCAGUUUGUGAACAUAUUAUUUUAUUUUGGGAAAAAUAAAUCGUUUUUAACACAAUACAUACAAAAAUAUAUAUCAUAUACCAUAACUCGACUAAUUUUAUGAUUUUAAAUCAAAUAUCGAACCUUUAAUAUGUACACAAACUGGUCUCUAAAAUCUCUUGUAGAUAAACGCUUUUUAAAUAAAUUUCAACAUGUAGAUAAAUCACUGUGCUGUAUUCAAUGUUUGUUAGGAAACAAUUUUUUAUGUGUAUGAUUCUGAAAGAAUCGCGUGAUGUAAUAUAAUAAUAAAUAUUGUUUCUAUAAUAUUAGAAACAUUA